GUCUUUGGACUGCAACUGUAUCUUACAUCGCUGCCACCAGGCAAGUCUAUGUUGCGUGGUACCCGACAUCUGGCCCUGGCCUAGCACUCCAUCUUCCUCUAACAACGCUGCAUCCACAGCCUUCGAGUGUUGGCUCAAGUCGUGCUGAUCAACCUCCGUAACUGCCGCAGGUGCUCAAUCCCACCCAUGAACGAACCGAACCUUGUCGCCCCGCAAUCUUCAGUGGAGAUCAUGAAUCCACUUCGGACAAUGUCCAUGAGUUUGCUGAUAAGAAUUUACAUGAUGGGGUAGGUGUCGGCGAACACCGCGCUUUCGCUGCCUUUUUGUGCUGUUCUGCGAACUUAGAUGAGAGCUCACCGGGCCUCAUAUCAAUUCAUAUUGUCCUGGUCACUCAUGGUGAUGAUGCUUGCUGCUCUUUGUUUCAUUUGAUAAUUGAUCAUAAGACCUGAAUUGUGCCUCUUCUUGAAUACGAUUCCAAGCAUGGCCGAUGAGAAGAAGGGAGGCGAUAUCGCCGUCCAGGGCAGUUCAGUUGGGGACAUUGAGCCAGGACAAGUCGAGGUAGCAGAGCAAGAGAACUAUGGAUGGAAUCGUGGUCUUUCACCUCGAGCAGUCAUUAUGUUGUCUCUUGGAGGUGGUAUUGGAACCGGCCUUUGGGUCGGUACUGGGACUGCUUUAUCGGCUGCCGGACCUGCUGGAUGUGCUAUUGCUUAUACAUUAGUCGCGCUUGCUAUUUACAUCGAAUUCAUGUCUAUCGGAGAAAUGACUUGCUACAAACCCGUCCAUGGUGGCUAUAUUCGCCAGACCAUGGAAUACGUUGACCAAGCUGCUGCCUUCGCUAUGGGCAUGAACUUCUGGUUCUCGUGGGUUAUGAUCAUCCCAGCCGAAGUCAUCGCCUGUAUUUCCGUCCUCAAGUACUGGGAGGCUCCUCGCGCAUUUCCUAUGGCGGCAUAUAUCAGCAUUUUCCUGGUCAUCGCGGCAAUUCCGAAUCUGUUCCCAGUCCGGUUCUAUGGCCACGUUGAGAUCUUUAUGAGCAUUUUGAAGGUCCUUGCUAUUGUUUCCUGCAUGUGCUUUAUGUUCAUCAUGGCGUCUGGAGGCUUGGCCGCAACUCAUGGACCACUCGUUUUCCACUAUUGGAAGUCUCCUGCUGCUUUCAAUAAUGGACUGAAGGGUAUAUGUAAAGCUCUUCUUCAAGCUGCUUUCAGUUGUACUUCUGCUGGCUGGGUCGCAAUGACCGCAGGCGAGAUGCGAGAUCCUCGAAGAACAGUAAAACGAUCCAUCAAACCUCUCUUCUACCGCAGCUUCACCUUCUUCGUAGUCAACAUCUGGCUAAUCGGAAUGUGCAUCCCAUACGACGACCCAGAUCUCAGCAACUCGGGCACGCUCGCGAGUCCUUUCAUCCUCGCUGUCCGAGACGGCGGCUCUCCAAUUUUCGCCCAUAUUCUGAAUGGUCUUGUUUUCGUCACGGUACUGUCUUGUGGUGUUACAUCUUAUUACGUCUGUUCUCGGGCGAUGACGCAUAUGUCUGAUCUGGGAAUCAUCCAUUCUUUCUUCGGACGGAAGGACGAAGCUGGCCGUCCUUGGGUGGCACUGAUCGUCAGCGGUAUUCUUGGUGGUGGUCUAACGUAUUUGAAUCUGAAUAGCACGGCCAAGCAAGUCUACUCGUGGUUUUCAAGUCUGGUCGGAGUAGCAUCUUUCUGCAACUGGAUCCUGAUUUACCUAUCCCAUAUCCGAUUUCGUCGUGGCCUGAAAGCCCAAGGUAUCGAUUAUAAGACCCUGCCUUUCUACACCAUGAUCGCUCCUUACGCACAGUACUUCGGCAUUGUGCUCGUGAUCUGCUUCCUCGCUGCUCAACUCUACUUCGCUAUCUUUCCGUUCAGUGGGAAGCCGAGUGCUGAGAACUUCUUCUCUACCUACAUCACUGUGCCGCUGUUCAUCAUUGACUACUUUGCUUACAAGUGGUAUUUUGGAACAAAGAUUGUGCCUCUCAAAGAAAUGGAUUUCACACCUGCAGAGUACUUUGAUAAGAUUGAUAGGGAUGAAGCAGAAGCGGAGUUGGCGAAUCCGUCUCCUAAGUUGACGAUACUGGACAGGAUUUGGGAUUUGAGAAAGUCCAUUAUUGGUUGAGGUUGUGAAGUCUACCAGAAGUGAACCUCGAGCGAAACCAUUUCCCAGAGUCAAAGAUAAUAGAAAUAAUUCAAACGCUUCUACUGCCUAU